AUGCAUCGAAGUGAAGAACAAAUUGCACUUUGCAAACACAAAAGUUAUUUAUGCAUUCAUGAAAUUAAUGAAAGCAAGAAAAGAAUUAAUGAAAUGGUUAAUAAGAAAACAGAAAUUCAAUGCACGCUUCAGGCUAUUAGAGAAGCACAAGAAUUAAUUGAAGAAAUGAAUAAAAUUUCAAAUGAAGGGAAUAAAGAGAUAAAAGUGAAGAAUGAAGUUGAAGAAAUCAAAAAAGCCAUUGAAAUAGAAGAGAAACAAGUGAAGGAAAUUGAAAAAGAAAACAAGAAAAUCAGAAAGGAAAUAGAAGAAAUUAAAAAACAAAGAAAAGAAAAUAUAGAAAAUAUAGAAUAUCAAGAAAAAACACUCAAAGAACAAAGUGAACAUGAGACAGAAAGUCUUAUUAAGGAAAAUUUAAGUAUCAAAGAAACAAUUAAACAAGUAGAAUUAGAGAGUGAUGACAUUGAAGAGAUUGAAUUUCAAGUCAACCAACUCUAUCAAAGUGAGAUUGAAGACUUAUAUUCAAAUGAGAAAUAUGACAGUGAGUUUAAUAAUAACAAUGAUAAAGAAAGUAUUUUUAAUGAUAAUACAGAAAUGAGUGGAGAUGAACAAAAUGAUGAAGGAGAACCAAAUGAAUAUUACAGUAUGAGUGAUAAUAGUACAGGAACAUAUUUUAAUAAUAAUAAAGAACAACACACAUAUAAAACCAAAGAUAAAGAAAGUAGUUCAACUUCAAAUUCAACUUCAAAUUCAAAAGAAGAAAAAGGUACAGACAAAGAAAAUAAAGAAGAAACAAGUGAAAGUCAAAGAGAUGUAGAAGUAUAUGAAAUAUCGGAUGAUUAA